AUGCACAGAGAUUCAAAGUUCACAGCUCUUACAGAAGUGACAUAUCAUGGAUUUGUGGUUAUUUGCUGUGCUUCUGAGUGGAAUUCUAAAGGCUGCUUACUCUCUGAAAUAGAUGAAGAUGAUGGAACAGAUCAAGAUAUCUUUGACAUCAAUGCAGCUAUAGGACUUGACCUGUUCGAGGGUGAUAUCAGACUUGAUAAUGGGGGACAUGAACGAAACUCAAUCAUUGGCAGUCAGUAUCGAUGGCCUCACACCAUUCCAUAUGUCCUUGAGGACAGCCUAGAUAUGAAUGCAAAGGGGCUGAUCCUGGAAGCAUUUGAACGGUAUAGAUUGAAAACCUGCAUUGAUUUCAAACCCUGGGAAGGUGAAGCAAAUUACAUAUCCGUGUUCAAAGGGAGUGGCUGCUGGUCCUAUGUAGGAAACCGCCACACUGGGAAGCAAGAACUCUCCAUAGGAGCCAACUGUGACAGGAUUGCAACAAUUGAGCAUGAAUUCCUUCAUGCACUGGGAUUUUGGCAUGAGCAGUCACGAUCUGAUCGAGAUGAUUAUGUCACGAUAAUGAGAGACAGAAUUCAAGCAGGCAAAGAAAGUAAUUUCAAUAAGUAUGAUGAUAAAACAUCAGAUUUCCUUAACGUCCCAUAUGACUACACCUCAGUAAUGCACUACAGUAAAACUGCCUUCAUGAAUGGGAACGAACCAACUAUAGUCACAAACAUCCCAGCCUUCAUUGAUGUGAUUGGACAGCGAAUUGAUUUUAGUGAAUCUGAUGUCUUGAAGCUGAGUCGACUAUACAACUGCUCUUCCUCAUUAAGCUUUAUGGGUACAUGCAGUUUUGAACUUGCCAAUGUGUGUGGCAUGAUUCAGAGUUCAGAUGAUAAUUCUGACUGGCAGCGCAUAACUGAAGUUUCUAGUGGACCACAAAAGGACCAUACCUAUGCAGGAGCCUGCCAAGAAACUGGCUAUUUUCUACAUUUUAACACUAAUAGUGGCAACCAGGGGGACAAAGCUGUUUUGGAGAGCCGCUUUCUGUACCCAAAGAGAGGAUUCCAGUGCCUGCAGUUCUUUUAUUAUAACAGUGGAAGUGAAACAGAUAAGCUGAAUAUUGGAUUUACGGAGUACACCGAUGCAAAUCCCAAUGGUACUUACAGAAUUAUAGAAACGAUACAAGGGCUACCUGUGAACUACUGGGAGUUGCACCACAUUUCUUUAACCAUGUCAAGUAAAUCCAGAGUGUUUUUUGAAGGCAUAAAGGGAUCCACAGCAUCGAAUGGAGGCCUUUCUAUUGAUGAUGUCAACCUGUCUGAAACCCGAUGCCCUCACCAUGUUUGGCAUAUAAGAAAUUUCACUGAGCUUCUUGCUUCAAGCCCUUUAGGAACAGCAGGAAGGCUCUAUAGCCCACCAUUUUACUCUCCUGAAGGGUAUGCAUUUCAGAUUGCCUUGUAUGUGAAUGGUAGCAGCAGUCCAUUUAAUUUAGCAAUAUUUGUUCACCUGAUCUCUGGAGCAAAUGACAACCAACUCCAGUGGCCUUGUGCAUGGAAACAAUUCACAAUGGUUCUUCUUGAUCAACAUCCAGAUAUCACUCAACGUAUGUCAAAUCUAAGGAGUAUAACAACAGACCCAAAUCAAGUAGACUCCUCUGGCUCUUAUACUUGGGACAGACCAGAUAAAGUAGGAAUGGAAGCUACCUUUCCAAAUGGCACUAAGUUCAUGAGGGGUCCUGGGUAUGGAACAAGUGCCUUUCUAACACAUGAAAGGCUUAAAAGCCGUGGCUUUAUUAAAGACGAUAGUAUUUUCAUUCUUGCAACAGUGGAUGAUAUAUCACAUUUAAUAUCAACACAACCAAAUUUCACUGUCACCAGUGUUCUAGCUACAACCACCAUGACUGAUGCCUGCAGAGCUUAUGGCUGUAAGAAUAAUGGAACUUGCAUUAUUGAUGCGGGAAAGCCUGUUUGCAGGUGCCCUGUUGGGAAGGACUGGUGGUAUGUGGGAGAAAAAUGUGAUAAAAAAGGAACGAUGCAGGACACUGCUGUAAUAGCAGUUGCUUCAUCUCUUAGUGUGUUUGGUGUCAUGUUGAUCCUCACUGUUGUAACUGCUUGCUGUAUUAAAAAGAAAUACAAGAAAAAAAUGGAAGCUAAUAGCAACUUGGAAUUACGAAAAUCCAUGCAUUUAGUACUCAUGUUUGUUGGGUAUGAUGGGAGUUUUAAGAGAAAUAUCUGGAAGAGCCUGGUCAGCCAGCGGGCUGAUGAAAAUCUGGGAAAUGGUACUUUACCUCUUGGAGAAGAAAACUUACUUACAAUGUCAUUUGACACUGGAUGA